UAAAAAAUUUUUUUUCUAAAAUCUUAAUGGUAUUCAUAGGGAAUAUAUGAACAUAAAAAAGGAAUGCGAAUAAAAAUUGUAAGAAGUUGCGUUUAAAUCGUAGCCGAAGAAAUUUAUUUGCCUCACACGGUAAAUUCAAAAAUUUGGCUAACAAUAUUUCUGUGGUUUGUUUCUACAUAUCCAUGACAAGCAAUUUUCGGUACAUAAAAAUUAUUGAUAAAGUAACAACGAAUCAUAUUGAACAAUUUUGGAUGUCUGAAAAGGAGGUGUUAUUAGUUGAGAUGGUUGAUGGUAGUAAUGAUUCUGAUUCUUCAAAAGAAAGUGAAAACGAGACUUCCACAGACAAAACAGUUUUAAUGCCCACUGAACCAGGUGUUAGCAGACCAGUUAUAAUGGAAACCGAGGCUUACACUUUCACAGCAUCAAACCUUUAUGUUCCGAUUCAGAAACCUGUAUUUACCUAUAAAAUUGACGGAAGGAAAAUAAAACUAACUUGUGGGAUUGAAACAGAAUAUGUUACACAAAAUAACAUGGCUAAAGCACUGGAACGCCAAUAUAGUGCAGUUGAUGAACUUUUCAUGCCUAGGUUUUUCAAUAUCUCAGAAGUAAUUACUUCUCAACAAGAACAAAUGGAAACGUCACAAAAAACGUCAGUUGCGAUUAAAGAAAACUCAAACUCUAAAUCAACCUUAACAAACCAAAAUACUUUAGGUAAUGAUAGAACAAUACGUGAGGAUGAUCACCAAAACUCAUUCCAAAACCCAUUUCAAAAUAAAGCAACAAUGAAGGAGCAAUCAUUGAAAAAUGCCAUCUUCUCGCACUACAAAACUUCUCCAGUUGAUACCUCAACCGAACAAUCAAACUCUAGUGAAACAGAUAAGAAUCUAAAAUAUCCAUCUGGUCCACUAAUGGAACAUAGUACACUAAAAUAUUUGUAUCCAGAAUGUUCUAAUAAUGAAAAGCAAAAUGAAGACAUCACGUUACUAUUUUCUGUGUUGGAAGGAAAAUGGUAUGUUGAAGGAGAUGUAGCACCAUUUCCGAAAGAACUAGAACCAUAUAAUAAACCAAUGAACAGCAGUUAUACUCGUCUUAAAGAUCUAAAUACCGAUUCUUAUCCCACCGCUUCCGAAAACUGUGAUCACAAUACACGUAGAAAACAAAAUGAAGUUAUAUCAUAUCCGGAUUAUAUUCCUCAGGAACCAGGCACUACUAUGUAUUUUUCAGUGAAAGAUAAAAAAUGGUACGUAUGCAGCGAUUCGGAUUCAGAAAAUGAUGAUACAGAAGACAAUUUCUAUAAUACCAGUACCACUUGUUCUAGUCACUCUAGCCAUUAUAACACUAAUAGUGAUGAUAGCGUUAACCAUAGUUUGCAGAGAUCAAAAGAAUAUUAUCGUACAUGGUUUAGCGACAAGGGGAAGUUGGAAAAUUCUCUCGAAAAUAAUGAUUCAGAUUAAGAAUUUUAAAAAUUCAUAAAAUUCAUCUUAUAACCUCAUAUAUAAAAAGUUGCAAAACUGAUACAGAGUCUUAGAGUCCAGAUUGUGUCUAACAAUCCCAAUGAAAAAUUAGUUUAUUAUGAUAUAUUAUUAUGAUAUUAUAUUAUAAUCAUAUAUUAUUAUGAUUAUGGAUGUGGAAAGUAAUAAAAAAGAGUUAAGUGAUUGCAGCAUUUAAAAUAAAGAAGAGUAACCGAUGAGGUUUUAACCGUAACUCCGUGUCUUUAAAUGAUUGUGGCUAAAGUGAUGCAAUGAUAAAAUAUGAAAACCUUUUCAAUUUUGUUUGUG